AUGAUUGAUCCCUUCCAUCUCUACAUGCACGGGCGGCGGCCCAGUAUUCGACAAAUCGCCGAGUCCAAGAACAACAAGUCUACCUCUAAAUCAACAGAAGCAUCCACAACGGCUUCUGCAAGCGUCUCCAAGAAUAGCUCGGUCGAUUCCAGCUCACAUCAGAGCUCCUACGCGCAGCUGGUAGCAAUUCUGCCAAAAAAGCUACAACGCCUUCUUCUCCCACUCACCUUUGAGGAACCCGAAUCGCUGCAGGGCGAACAGCUCCCCGUUCGCCUCGGUCUGGCUCCUCCUUCUCAUUCUCAUGGUCUAUCCGCAUCCGACGCCACCUACAAAUCUCGUGUCGGCCAUGGCUACUACUUUUUCACACCUCCGCCUGAGCCGCGCCAUCCCUUAUCAUCCAAGCCCCCCUUGCCACCAUCGCUGCGACGACGCGACACGGAGACCUCCCAGAAUUCCACUUUGUCGCUCAACACAAAGCUCUCAUCCAACACGUCUAUCCACUCAAGCCCCACAUCCAUCUCGCCUAGCACCGCUGCAUCGUCACCGCAGCGCACGCGAGCCAGUACCUCCAUCACCAGCCUCCCAGCUCCAACGCUCGCUGGCCAACCAACCAGCUCGAACACCUCGGCCUCCUCGUCGCGCGUUCGCUUGCCUCCCACCUCACCUGACUGUUGGCAUCCAGAAGCAUACUUUACCCGAAUACGUUCGCGAGUCAAAGGCAAGAUGCAAGAAUACGUCUAUCACGCCUUCCCGUCUUCCGCAGUACCUUACUGGCAUGGCUACGGUAGAGAGUCAGUGGAAGCCGAGAUGUCGACCCAUCUCAACGUCAACGCCGUUCUUCAUGGCAAUACGCUUCGCGAGUUUCCUGAGCACUCGCGUCCCUGUCGUGUGCUCGAUCUCGGUUGCGGUAGAGGUAUGUGGUGUCUCGACAUGGCUCGUCAAUGGAAAUCUUCCGAGUUUGUUGGUCUUGACGUUGUACCCAUCCAACCACCGAUGCAUCACCUCGCCGAUCCGGACCUCGAGCAUCGUGUCAGCUGGGUAGUGGCCAACUUCCUCGAACCUCUCCCCUUUCCGGAUGCCAGCUUUGACUUUGUCCACAUUCGCUUCGUGGUUCAUGCCGUCCCCGAAGAUAGAUGGGUCGAUCUUUUCUCGGAAGCAAGGCGCGUCCUGGCUCCAGGAGGCGUCCUCGAAGUUUCCGAGGCCAACUAUAGCUUCUUCGGUCAUGCGAGCUUGAUCGACGUGAACGAGCUCAAGGAUCUCGAGCACGGACGCACUGCAGCGAAAAACGGUUACGGUGCCAAGCUCCCCAAACGUCACAAUAUUUACCCCAAUGCAUCGAGAUCAACCGAUUUCGAUGCGAUUGAAGUGGUGCUGGAGCGAAUGUUGCAUCGUCGGUUUCUCAAUCCCAUGCCACUGUCGGUAAUUCCCUCAGCGUUGCUCUUGCCUGGCUUUUCCAAUGUUUUCAAUGGCAACCCACGCCACAUGCCUGUCUAUGCCGAAUCGAGCGCUCAGCGUGCACGUACACGCGCUGCAAACGCCUCGUUUGGCCGUGAAACCGGUGCAUCUUCCGCAAACGCCACUUCGAGCGAAGACGAGAGCAAACGCGAAGGCAAGUUCACCGUUCGUGGUCAGAUCGGCAAGCCGCUCAAAUCGCAAUUCGCCUUGACCGACCCUGACCUCUUCAGCGCGCUCCUCAUCCUGCAACAGCUCGAAUCGGCUUCCUCCAGCAGAGAGCUUGUGUGGGCGGAAGCCGAGGAAGAGAAACGCAGCCUGCAAGGGGUUCCGCAGCCCCCGCUGGCGAGUAUGGCCACCAAUCGACGCUUCGGCCAGGGCCACCCAGCGGCUUUAAAGCCGUUCGCUCACCCAUGGAAGUCCAAGGAAGAGUUUUUCAGGGCCCUGGAUGCUUGGAUCUUUGCAACCAGGGCUUCGGCGGAUACGGAGGAUAUGCUGCGCAAGUAUAUCGGUUGGGAACAGGCGCACGACGAUCUGACUGUGGAAGGCAGGAAACAUGCUGAGAGGAGGCACAAGAUGAGCACUUCGUCAGUGGCAAUCCCUUCGCUCGGCUUGAAUCAACUGGUCUUGGAUGAAACGGAAGAUCAAGAUGCUGUUGGCAAGCCCAACUCGCUAGCAGCAUUGCGAGAGACGCGAAAUACAGCCAUGGGCCCACCGAAUGGUUCAGCAUUUGCUGUUUCCACGACACACAUACACGAAGCGCCCGCAAGGCUACAGACCACUCGCUCGUCCGCACCCGACACUCGUGCCGCUUUUCAUUCCGAGUCACACGAAGCUGAUUCGAACAGCAAGACCGUGGACAGUGGCAAGAAGAAGAAAUCCGGACGACCAAGUAGCAGCGGGGGUGUUGGCUCUUCCCCCACCACCGGUGGCCCCGGCGGUGGUGCAUUCGGACGCGCACGAACGUUCGGCCGUGGUGGUACGGGAGGAGGAUCUGCAGCCCUGCCUGUACCCCUUCCCGAUGCGCCAUCCUUCAUGACAGGGUACGCAUUCGGUCCAUCGGCGUCGGACAGCAUCUUUCGAGGUCCAGCGACCAAAGCAGCCAUCGUUGCGUCGUCUCGCGGUGGUGCAAAUGUCAUCGUCCCACCUAGUUCAAGGAAAGCUUCUUUAAGCUCGAAUUCCCUGAGCGAUCGAUCUUCACUUUCUGUGAAAACAGAGAAAGAAGGCGUCAAGCCCCUAAGUAUCGACAGCGGCGUAUCCAGGAUGGCUGCGCCUGCAACAGGACAACCACCAGCGGUGGCGGAAGAACCUUCACCUGCAGCGCCAUAUGCUGCCACACAGCGCGUGUCUCAUGGAUUGGAGAAAGACUUUUGUCUGGAGAGCGAUCAACCGCACAGCAGGAGGAUGUCGAGACCUGUGAGCCCAACUUCGGGCGUUCCAACGGCUGCAACAUCGAUCAGCAAGAGCGACACUAGCGUAGGACGACCACCAACGGAAGGAUUGCAAGGUGGGUUGGAUGCGCGCUCGGUCAGCAUGCCAGCCAGCAUGAUGACUUGCAUACAAGCAGGUGGCAGUACCGGAGGUGGUGGAGGAAGCGUGAGAAUUGCCGAACCGUCGAUUCGUCCGUCUAGAAGGCGCUCGAAUUCCACGUCUCACCAGAAGACUAUCGCCUUGAUUGGCUUUUACGAUUGCAAUGGCUUCCUCGCCACUGCUUAG